CUGAAGAUAGUAACGCCAUUGAAUAUCAAGGUGGUGGGGGAGAUGGUUAGGCCCUCUCUCGUUGGAGUUGCUCAUUGCCUGACACUCAGUUUGGGCUGGAAUGUUACUUGACUCUUACCAAAUUGCUUCGUUUCACUGCAGUAGCCUCGCUUCCCCUGCGGUGGAAAGUGGGUGUGAUGGUGUCUUUAAAUUUUAAAGAUCAGGAACCAAAGCAGUAAACUGAAAGUGAAAGAACCCGAGAGGGAGAGAGAGAGAGAGAGCAGAGUCGCGAGAGAGAUUCCAUUUCACCGGAUCUCGCCCCCACUUCCUCGCAACCCGGCGGUGGGGGGAACCUCAUCGUUGUCAAGAGCGAUGGCCCAGUACCUGAGUGACGAUGAAGACGGAGCAGCUGAGGAGAGCCUUUUCGGAGUGGAGUUGACGUGCAGCGUCUGCAUGGGGCUCUACCGGGAGCCCGUGCGGCUGCCGUGCGAGCACAGCUUCUGUGGCGCCUGCAUCGAACAGGUCUUUGCAACUGUGGAGGCCGGCACAGAUUACCGUUGUCCCGUGUGCAGGGAGUCCUAUCAGAGCAAGCCAGCCAUGUCGAAACAUCUGGUCCUGGUCAGGCUAGUGGAGGCCUACAUCAAGAUAAAGAAGAGUAAGCAGCGAAACACAGAGUCGGAGGAAGAGGAGGAUUUCACUGACGCUCCUGCAAGCUUCCUGGGAACGAGGGGCUGCCAGUUUCGCUGUGACGAACUAGUGACUCAUUUAUGCUUCAAGGAGUGGGAGCGCCUGUGCCCUUUGUGCAUAACGAGUGCUCGACACGAGGGCCACACCGCCAAGCCAUUGCUGGAGGUCACCAAAGACUGGAAGAAGAUGCUGCCAAACAUUGUCGAGAGUUUGGAAGAAACUCACGCAAAGUUGUCUGUACAGAUCCUGCAGUACACAGAGCUGGAGGAGAAAGCAAAGGAGGAGAUCUCAGAGGCCAAGGAAAGGACUGAGGACCAGAUUGAUCGCCUGAUCGAGUUCCUAGAGAAUGAGAAGGAGCGGUUGAUGAUCGACAUACAACAUGUCGGCAGUGAGCACCUGGACGCCAUCCAAGGGCUGCAGGCGGACACCACUCACAGACUGCAGGACUGCGAGAACACGAUUUCUUCAUUCCAGGAGGCAUACAAGGAUAUGAUGGAUUUUAUGCAGAGGAUGGAAACACUGGUAAUUUCCUCAGAAGAUAAACUUUUUCAUCCCACCCUGAAUUUUGAUGGAAUCCCUUUGCCUUCAGUACUUGAAACAUGGAAAAAUGAGGAUGCAGAGGAAGACAGCGACGAUGAUGAUGAUAAUGAUGAUGAUGAAGAUUCCUAUUAAGUGCAGAACAUAUUUUAUUUGGGCUUGCAUUAAAUUUAACUGAA